AUGUCCCGAACCAUUAUUGUACGAGGAAGAGCUGGCUCAAGGAAGGGAACCCCAGGAAGGCGCGUAGAACUCACGCUGAACAAGCUAGAGGCAUUCUACGACUUCCGUCAAGAAGACGCCGCAAGCCUUCUGGGGAUCUCUCUCACAAGCCUCAAGAGCGCAUGCCGGCAGCUGGGGCUGAAGCGAUGGCCGUACACAAGAUUCAAGCUCGAGGGUGUUGCGAGAACGCAUUCAAGCAUCCAGCCAUCGACAUUGAAGCAGGCGGUAGAGCUGACGGGAACUUGUGAAGGCCAUAGCAAGACUGAUGAAAGGACACACGAUGAUUCAUCUACUCUCUGGUCUUCUUCCCUCGAAGUGGCUCAGUCGUCAAAAGCACUUCAUGCUCACAACCUUCCAAUCCAACCGAUGGGGGAAACCUCAGACCCUGCCUCCUCCUCCAAUGGUAUGCUCGUUCCUUUGACGGCCAGCGCAACGCCAGAGGAGCUAAGAAUUCUUGGAGAAUGGGACGAAGAGCACCGGGAGCUUCUAGUCAACAACGAGUGGCUUGACUGGUUUCUCAGCUCUGACGAUUCAACAGACAUGAGCUCCCUCCCGUGA